AUGCCCCGCACGUGGCCGAGGGGUGUCGAGGCGAGAGAGGCCGAGUGCAAGGAGCACCUGCACGGCCGUAUCCAUAUCUUUCAAGCCAAGAACAGAGACACUAUCUUACCUGUUGUCCAGAAGCGUGCGGCUCGUGUGGAGCUGCGCACGUUGUUGCCGGUUCUCUCAUCUACUCCCAAGGAGGAGCAGUCGUUUCAUUCCGGAGCUCGACGAGAGCACGCAUUGUUCUGCUAG